AUGGCAACGCGCACGCAAAAGACCCAGGAAAUGGAGAUGGACCUCCAGGCGCGAGGCAAGGAUCACACCCACCGCAUCAACCAAGAGGACGUCGACUCGCGUUCGUUUCGAAUGGUCAUUGGCGACGUUCUGCCCGUGGACACGUACUAUGCCACGCAGCAAAAGGAUAUCGCCAUGCGAGCCUUGGAUCAGCCCGAGCUACUGCUCAUGCACGCGCAGGGCAACGAUGAUUCCGUGGCAAGCCAGCGAUACAAGUUCAUGUGCAUGCUGCACGAUCCGGAGGGUAGGAUGGAGGCGCCCUCGCGUGCCAUCAGACCCGAGAAGAUGUCGUCUAGGAGAUCGUCCGGGAAGCAAGCCUGGAGGUGA